CACCAAGAAAAGAGAAUGGCGAGAAAAUCCCUAGAAGAUUCUCAGCAGCCAAGCAGCGCCGAAAACAGCCAAAAUGUCGACGACUUGUUCAGCCCCAGAUUCAAAUCCGUGGCAGCCACGGCUGGAUGGGACGAGGAAGCCCUCGUCACCGCCACUCUCAUCGCCGAAGACACCCCAGAUCGGCAACGAUCUAAGCACAAGCCUCGCUCCGAUUCGAUAUUCAACACCACGCCAUGCUCCAUUUCGAGGAGGAAACGUAGGGUUCAGAGAAGAAGCCCUGUUUCAACUCCAAUUGCUCCAUUAAAUCUCGAAGAAGAAGAAGAGAUUUCAAAACAAGAGAGUGAGAAGAAAACAAAAGUAAACGAACCAUCUCCUCUUCAUUGUAUUGAUAAACUCAGAGAAGAGCUUUCAUUUGCGAUCUGUUUGGAUAUCUGCUUUGAACCAAGCACUACUCCUUGUGGACAUAGUUUCUGUAAGAAAUGUUUGAGAUCGGCUGCGGAUAAAUGCGGGAGAAGAUGCCCGAAAUGCCGGCAGCUCAUGAGCAAUGGAAGGUCUUGUACUGUGAACACAGUUCUUUGGAAUACGAUUCAGCUUUUGUUUCCCAAAGAGGUUGAAGCAAGGAAGGCUGCCGGUGCCUUAAACAGCAGCGAGGAAGUCGAGUGUCGAAGUCAGGAGAGUCGAACUCGUAGCAGCACGCGGAGGACACAAACUCGAGCUCGAGUUCAAGAUCCUGCAAUGGCUUCUAGCCCUCAGAGGGAGGAUCUUGCACGGCUAGUAAACACGAAUACGAACACUACGAGAAGAGGAACCCCUGUAAGGCAGCAACGAGAGAACGAUCUUUCAUGGUUAGUAAGCACCGGGAGGAGAAGAAGAGGGACGCCGGGCCAAGACGAAGACGCGGCAUUAGCUUUGAGGUUACAAAGAGAAGAAUUCAUGGAGGCUUUCAGGGGAAGCAGUGGCCAUGAUCAUCAGCAAGAGAGGAUCCCUCUUUCUUUAGCUAGAGAAAAUUUUAGAGCUAUGGCAUCUAGAGCCGUUAAUGGAGGCCGAUGUUGAUAUUCGAUCGACCUCGCGAAUUUGUUCACGAGGAAUGGUACAUUUUAAUUCACGGAUCCACUAAUCUACUGCGCAUCAAGGUUCUAUAUCUUACAAUUGAAUACAACAGGAUAUGGUUAGAGAUUACCUUCAUAUGAACAAAUGAGAUAUGAAUAUCCGGAUGGCAAUGUCCUCGGCACAGGCCUCUGCCUGAGGAGUCUUUAGAAGCACGUCGAGGGUUGCAAAUUCAUGAACCGCAUCCUUGUAUUCGAAAACAGGGGUGCGUCGACGUUUACACUACGAAGCGCCUCCGAGUAUGCAACAGCCCGGUCUCUCAUCCAAUCAUGUUCUACUACGAUCGUCAGUGUCGGGGGCAUGCGCUUCAGAGACCUGCCCGGGAUGAGUGAAUUCCCGGCUGGGUGGUUGAGGCUGAAGUAUUAUUCCUCGGGAAGAAAGAGUUUCCAUGCAAGCAAGCACAACGCCAUGUCGUAGAAGUAGGAGUUUGCCAACCUUGUUUCCGACUUUAUCGGAAUACUUCAAUGAAGAAUUGCGAGUUUUGAA